AUGGCACGACGGUUAAGAUUGCAUUUUGCUACCCAAAGAAGCAACACAGAUCCAUUAUCGGAAACCUCUGAAGAUGUUUUGGAUAGUAACAAUUGUAUGUACUUCAGAAAAUCGCAGAAUUCUGCACCUAAUGUGACACAAAUGAAACUGGUUCCUAGGCAAGUUGCUUAUGCACCUGUAAUGCAACAAGUAAUUAAUCAAGAGGAAAAUGCAACUAUUUCUUCACUGCAGAUAAAAAAGAGCACCUCACUGCACAUUUCUCUACAGUCUAGAAAGUAUAGUGGGUGUUUUCGGUCUGGCGAUGCCGUAGCUACUGGUGAAGACACUUCAUUCAUUGGUAUUGGUAAUGAAGGAAAUUGUGGUGCUAGAAUUGUGGUUGAUCAUCGAUCUAAUGAUGGCCUUCUGAGCAAUACUGCUCAGUACAAUGGCAGUCUUGGCAGUAUUGCAGCCAGUGACAGUGGAUCGUUCAGCAGCGCUGGCAGUGACUAUGGAUCAUGUGCAAGUACCACAAGUGAUGGAGGUUCAUAUACUAACAGUGUCAUCAGUGACAGUGGUAGUGGCACUCUUUCGACAAGUGAUGGUACUUUCUGUAGUAGUGUUGUGCAUGGUGACUCUUCAUAUACAAGCACUGCUAACAAAUGUAAUCCCUAUAGGAACAACUUGUCUCAGGAAACUCUGAGUAGAAAUAAUACUACUUUUGACCAAGAUGCUUUGUCAGUGAGGAAGAAAACUAAAAUUCCACUGCGACGUUGUUCAUCACUGGUUAUUUUCCCUAGGAGUCCUUCCAGUACUCCUCCAGCUUCUCCAGUAAGCUCAGGUCAGCUACCACACAGAGGUGCCUAUCAAACAUCCCAUAAACUAAUUAUUUCUCCUAGUGAGCUGGCACAAAAAGAAGAUCAAACCAUUUCCAAGGGAUUCCUUUCAACAGCAGUCAAUGGACUUCGACUGUCUAAAACAGUUUGCUCUUCUGGCGAAGUCAGAGACAUUCGACCGCUCUACUUGAAUACAUCAUUACAGGACAAAAGUAAAAUUCUGAAUAGUUCCAAGCAGGCAACUGGUGAAGAAGUAUCUGAUGGCUGCUCAUGUAUUUCAGUUCAUCUAACUCAAAGAGCAUUUGCAUCGAGCAGUGAAAUGGUUAAUGGCUGUUGCAGUCCAGAGUUAAAUCUGAACUCCAGUGCAAAAUACCCUCAUUUAAAACUGGCACGUAGCACAUCUGCAUGUUUACCUGCAAAAAUAGAUUCGGAAUAUGGGAUUAAUAUAAAUGAACCAGAAAGACUGAAUGCACAGCUGAACAAAACCCACCAUGUUUUGCAAAGAAGUGUUUCGCUGGAAGGAUCACGUCAAAAAGUUUCUUGCUGUUUAUCCAGCCUUAAAUACAAGUGUCAUAGUGCAAGGACGUCUCAGUUGCACAUACAGUUCAAACCUGGGAAUGAAGGAAAAACAACUGGUGUUAAGAAAAGAUGUGGAACCUCUAAAAGGGAAAUGUCUAGCACUUCUUUGUGGAGGCCCCAUAAGACUCGAGAUGAUUUUCUUGGGCAAGUGGAUAUUCCUCUUUAUCAGUUACCGACAGAAAAUCCAAGUAUGGAGAGACCAUAUACAUUUAAGGAUUUUGUUCUUCAUCCAAGAAGCCAUAAAUCAAGAGUUAAAGGCCACCUUAGAUUAAAAAUGACUUACUUACCUAAAAGCAGUGGGUCUGAAGAAGAAACCACAGAACAGGCUGAAGAAUUAGAGCCUGGGUGGAUUAUAUUGGACCAACCAGAUGGGGAAUCUCCUCCGCUGCCUUCAGGAUGGGAAGAAAGGGAAGACAUCCUCGGCAGGACCUACUAUGUCAAUCAUGAGUUCAGAAGAACACAGUGGAAGAGACCAACUGCUCAGGACAAUGUAGCUGUUGCAGAUAUUGGUAGCGUGCAGUUGGAGGCCCAGCAUGUGUUCACUCAUCGGCGACAGAUAUCAGAGGAUACAGAAAAUGUAGACAACAGAGAUUCCCCCGAGAGCUGGGAAAUUAUAACUGAAGAUGAGGCAACAAUGUAUAGCAAUCAGAACCUUCAAAUACCUCUCUCACAGAGUAAUUGUGAUAUACAGACUCAUCUUGCAGAAGAAUUGAAUACCAGACUUACUACCUCUGGAAGUUCGGCUACAGGCCAGUCAGCAGCCUACACUAACCAUUCCAGCAGAAGAGGUAGUCUGCAAACAUACAGAGUUGAAGAGCAGCCUGCACAUCCAGUGUUACUGCCUACUUCAUCUGGAUUACCCCCAGGCUGGGAAGAGCGACAAGAUGAAAAAGGGAGGUCGUAUUACAUAGAUCACAAUUCUAGAACCACUACCUGGUUAAAGCCGGUUGUACAGAUUGGUGUGGAAACAGGUCAGUUGUCAGCUGCGCAAGGUAUUUCUGCAGGAAGACAAGCACAAGCAACAUCAAGUGAUUCAUCACAACAGUCUUCUCAUCAGCAGCCUGAAAUGGAGCAAGGAUUUCUCCCUAAAGGCUGGGAAGUCCGACAUGCACCCAGUGGGAGACCAUUCUUUAUUGACCACAAUACCAAAACUACAACAUGGGAAGAUCCAAGACUGAAAACUUCUGCUCAUCCGAGGAGAAAAACUUCCCUAGAUCCAGUAGACCUGGGUCCGUUACCACCAGGGUGGGAAGAGAGAACUCACACAGAUGGAAGAAUAUUCUUCAUAAACCACAAUACAAAGAAAACACAAUGGGAGGAUCCUCGACUGCAGAAUGUGGCAAUAACUGGACCAGCUGUGCCUUACUCCAGGGACUAUAAACGGAAGUAUGAGUUCUUCAGAAAGAAAUUGAAGAAACAGAGUGAUAUUCCAAAUAGAUUUGAAAUGAAAAUUCAUCGCACAACAAUCCUUGAAGAUUCUUAUAGAAGAAUUAUAGCUGUAAAGAGAGCAGAUUUCCUCAAAGCAAGACUUUGGAUUGAAUUUGAUGGUGAAAAAGGUUUAGACUAUGGAGGAGUGGCCAGGGAGUGGUUCUUCCUGCUCUCUAAAGAAAUGUUUAAUCCUUAUUAUGGAUUGUUCGAAUAUUCAGCUACAGAUAACUAUACUCUGCAGAUCAAUCCAAACUCUGGACUUUGCAAUGAAGAUCAUCUCUCUUACUUCAAGUUUAUAGGUCGUGUAGCUGGAAUGGCUGUUUACCAUGGCAAACUUUUGGAUGCCUUUUUUAUUCGUCCUUUUUACAAGAUGAUGCUCCAAAAACCAAUAACACUUCACGAUAUGGAGUCUGUGGAUAGUGAAUAUUACAAUUCUCUGAGAUGGAUUCUUGAAAAUGAUCCAACAGAACUGGACCUCAGAUUUAUAGUUGACGAAGAACUUUUUGGUCAGACCCAUCAACAUGAACUGAAAAGUGGUGGAUCAGAAAUAGUCGUCACCAACAAGAACAAGAGAGACUACAUUCAUCUUGUAAUUCAGUGGAGAUUUGUGAGCAGAGUACAGAAACAAAUGGCAGCCUUUAAAGAGGGCUUUUUUGAACUAAUACCACAGGAUCUGAUUAAAAUUUUUGAUGAAAAUGAGCUAGAGUUAUUAAUGUGUGGACUGGGAGAUGUGGAUGUGGCUGAUUGGAAACUACAUACAAAAUACAAAAAUGGCUAUAACAUAAACCACCAAGUAAUACAGUGGUUCUGGAAGGCAGUCUUGAUGAUGGACUCUGAAAAGAGAAUAAGAUUACUUCAAUUUGUUACUGGCACAUCACGUGUACCUAUGAAUGGGUUUGCUGAGCUGUAUGGUUCAAAUGGACCACAGUUGUUUACAGUUGAACAGUGGGGUACCCCUGAAAAACUGCCAAGAGCUCAUACCUGCUUUAAUCGCUUGGAUUUGCCUCCGUAUGACUCAUUUGAAGAUUUGUGGGAUAAACUUCUUCUAGCGAUUGAAAAUACUCAGGGUUUUGAUGGGGUUGAUUAA